GGGAUCCUCUGAAGUACCGUGCUGGUCACAUGGCUCUGUUUUGAUGUGUCGAUUUCUUCCCACAAUGCACGACGGUGUGCAACAUACACACAUCAUCACGUGACGAGUGGAGUUGGGAAGAGGUGGCGCCAUGAUGGACGGACUGGAUGACAGCCCUGACUUGUUGGCUGAAGACGAAAACAAGCCACGGACAGAGAGUGUGGAUCUGACGAAAGAUGACACCUUAAGCAUUGACAUCUCAGAUGCCCUGAGUGAGAGGGAUCGGGUCAAAUUUACUGUUCACACCAAGACAACACUGCCUGACUUCAGAGAGAGUGAAUUCUCAGUUGUGCGACAACAUGAAGAGUUUAUCUGGCUUCAUGACAGGUUUGUCGAAAAUGAAGAGUACGGAGGAUACAUUAUCCCUCCUGCCCCACCAAGACCUGACUUUGAUGCCUCCCGUGAGAAGUUACAGAAACUUGGGGAGGGAGAGGGCACCAUGACUAAGGAGGAGUUCACCAAAAUGAAACAAGAACUGGAGGCUGAAUACCUGGCCACCUUCAAGAAGACUGUAGCAAUGCAUGAGGUGUUUCUACAGCGUUUGGCAGCUCACCCUGCCUUCAGGAAGGACACCAACUUCAGAGUCUUCCUGGAGUAUGACCAGGAUUUGAGCGUGCGCCUGAAGAACAAGAAGGAGAAGCUUGGCUGGUUUAUCAAGUCCAUGUCACAGUCUGUGGACGAGGUACUGCUAUCCAACCAGAAGGAUGCAGAUGAGUUCUUUGAGCAGGAGAAAGGCUUCCUGGUAGAAUAUCACAACAGGAUUGCCCAGUCUACAAAGUGCGCCGACAGGAUGACAAAAAUGCACAAAAGUGUUGCAGACAGUUACAUAAAACUGUCCACAGGCCUGGGCAGCCUGGCAACAUGUGAGAACACUGAGCUCGACAAUUACCUACCUUCCAGUGUCAGGGGGGCAAGUAAAGAGACAACCAAAGUCUUCAAUAAAGUGUCUGAGUGCUUUGAGAAAUCUAGGAAACUGGAAGCCAGAGUAUCAUCUGAUGAAGACUUAAAGUUGUCUGACACUCUUCGGUACUACCUAAGGGACACAUCUGCUGCAAAGGACUUGUUGUAUCGACGGACCAGAGCCCUUGCAGAUUAUGAGAAUGCCAACAAAGACUUGGAUAAAGCCAGAGCAAAGAACAGGAAUGUGCAACAGGAGGUUGCUGUUGCUGAACAAGCACAACAACGUGCAUGUGAGAAAUAUGAGCAUCUUUCUGAACUGGCAAAAUCAGAGCUGCAAGACUUUAAGAAGAGGAGAGUCGGAGCUUUCCGCAAGAAUUUGGUGGAGCUUGCAGAACUAGAGAUCAAGCAUGCAAAGGCAUUGAACCAACUCUACAGAAACUGCAUAGCACAGCUGAAGGAGGAAGGGAGGGCAGCAAAAGCCCAGCCCCAGUGAGAAAACCCCUCCAUCUUAAAUUGCAGUACAUGUAUAUCCCCUGGCAUGUAGUCACAAUGGGGUAGGAUGAUUUUGUACAGAGCUUAGCAAGAACAUUCCUAAUGAAUAUUUUAUAAUUGAGCUAUUGUGAGAUGAGAUGCUUAACAGACACAUGGGAAUGUGUCACAGUUGUGUAACAUCCUAUCAGUUUGAUCUUUCUAAAGAUAGAUAAGUGGAAUUUUUGGUAGUUUGAUUUCUUUAAGGUCUAGUAGUAACGAUGAUUCAAAUGUAAUAAUCGACUUUGAAGUUAACUAUGAUUGAUUGAAGAGUUGACUUCUUGACUGAAACUAUGAUUUUGUGUCUAGAAAUGUAUCAUUCCUUCAGCAAGAGACAUUCUACUGCCCAGUUCUAGGUGUGUACUGUGUGACAGUGUGGUGCACAGAUUUCUCACUCAGUCACCACAGGAGAGCUUUCCAAGGUGGUGAAGGGAACUUUUUGUAUGGGGUUGGGUGAUUGACAAGCAUAAUGCACAGGCACAUGCAUGUUACUUCCCCCUAAGGUGGCAACAGGAGCAUCCCUGAAUGUAUUAAAACACUAUUGUGCAUAUUGCAGUUGUCUCCACAUACCAGUUUGCCAUUGCUUUCAGAAUAAAUCUAUAGACUUUUGCAUUUAACUGCAAGGAUUUCAGUUUCACUGAGAAGACCUCACCACUUAGUAGGACAAGGGAUAUCUCUGGUAUUUUGCAGCAAUCACAUUGCUGAACAUUUUUCAAUGCCUGAGCAGGGCUGUAUGUAGUGUCUGCUGGUAUAUACAUUGUACAUGUAUGAACUUUACACUUAACUUGAUUCAGCAAAGAAUGUGAAGAGAAUACAUGGAAAUAGUCCCAUGUCUAUGGUCAAGUUAAUUUGCCGUGAUAUCCUUACACCUGUCACAAUUUAUCAUAGUUGCUGGCUUUUUUUAUCAUGUGUACUUCAUAGCUACACUACAUGGGAAAGACUUGCAUCAUCAUUAAAAAAGCCAACAAAAACAGAAAAAAAA